AUGUCUGCAUCGCCAACACAACCCACACACUCGGCCAAGCGCCCUCUCGAGGCCUCGUCGCCUUCGCGAGCCACCGACCAGCCCGAUGCAAAGAGGCCCGCCCUCGACAAGGUCAUCAAAAACGAUGAUGAGGAGGACAAGAUCCCCGAGCCUACCAUCGCCCCCGAGGAGGAGCCUGCCGAGACAGAGUCGGCCGCCGAGCAGAACGGGGAGGAGGCUUCUGACGGCGCAGCGCCCGAUACUGCAGACCUUGCUCUGCCCGAUGCCGCCGAUCCCAAAGCUGCCGCCGCCACCGUCGCGUCCACAUCCGAGACAGCAACGAACUCCGCCGCCGCCCACGACGAGACGUCCUGGAUUCACAUCCGCGCCGUUAUUUCCAGUCCUGAGGCAGCCACGAUCAUCGGCAAGGGUGGCGAGAAUGUCUCCAACAUCAGGAAGCUGUCUAAUGCCAAAUGCACUGUCAGUGACUACCAGAAGGGAGCUGUCGAGCGUAUCCUCACCGUCAGCGGCAUAGUAGAUGCUGCCGCCAAGGCCUUUGGCCUGAUCAUUCGCACGCUAAACAAUGAGCCCCUGGGUGAGGCCUCGACGGCCUCAUCUAAGACAUACCCACUCCGUCUGCUGAUUCCACAUGUCCUCAUUGGGUCUAUCAUUGGCAAAGGUGGUGCUCGUAUUCGCGAAAUUCAGGAGGCCUCUGGUGCCCGACUUAACGCGUCCGACUCGUGCCUUCCCCUAUCCAGCGAGAGGUCACUGGUUGUCAUGGGCGUGGCUGAUGCCGUGCACAUCGCCACCUACUACGUUGGCAGCACGCUUCUGGAGCAGCUCAACGACCGCUUUGGCGGACCGGCCGCGUCGGCCUACGCGACGAGAAGCGGACAGCCGGCGGGAUCGAUCCCGGGAGGCAUGCAGGUAGUUCCUUACUCACCCCAGCCCGCAUCAGGCCAGUUCGGCCGCAGCGACAAUUACUACCGUCAGCAUGACCGUCGAACCCAGCAGCAGAUGGCGCCGGCCCCCUACCCGCAGCAGUACCCGCCGCACGCGGGCGCCCACGCCAACCCGGCCAUGCCUGUCCAGUACGGUGCUCAGCCGGCGGCGGCAUAUGGCGCUGCGGCCCCCCAUGUCCAACCUCACGUCGGUCCCCACGGAGGCGCCCCCCAGCCUCACGCCGGCGGUGCCCAGAGCCAGCCCAUGCAGAGCGGCAUACCCGGUGGCCCGAUCACCCAGCAGAUAUACAUCCCCAACGAUAUGGUGGGGGCCAUUAUCGGCAAGGGCGGCCAGAAGAUUAACGAGAUACGCCAGAUGAGCGGUAGUGUCAUCAAGAUCAAUGAACCUCAGGACAGCAGCAAUGAGCGCCUCGUGACAGUCACCGGUACUGAGGAAUGCAACCGCAUGGCUCUUUACAUGCUCUACUCCCGACUUGGUAAGCCCUAUGCAUCAUCCCACAACCCUGGCCUCUACUAG